AUGAAGUGUAUUGCCCUUCUCAGUCUUCUUUCCCUGCCCCUGACGGUGGUGGAUGCCAGCCGGGCCCGUCCCCAGCAUGCCCAACCUGAGACUCGACAGAGUUUGAACCACCCAGGCCUCCUUCACACGGCUGACGAUUUCAAACGCAUCAAAGGCCUGGUGGACUCCAAGAAGGAGCCCUUCGCAACUGGAUGGGCCAAGCUCGUCGCACGCGCUGAUGUGAAAGCCGUGCCUCACGCGCAGGAUGUCAUUUGCCGCGGUGACUCUGACUGCACCCAGAACUACGCCUCGUUCUACCGUGACGUUCACACUGCUUACGCCAACGCCGUCUACUGGAAGAUAACGGGCACGACUGCCAACGCCGACACGGCGGCUGCCAUUCUUGAUGCUUGGAGCAGCAAGAACCCUGAGAUCCAGGGGAGCGCAGAUCGGUACCUUGCUGCUGGCAUCUACGGCUACCAGUAUGCCAAUGUGGCUGAGAUUCUGAGAGACUACAAUGGCUGGAAGGGGCUCUCAGCUGCCAUCUCCUUCCUGAGGAACAGGUUCUACCCCAUGAACCACCGAUUCUUGGUCGAGCACAAUGAUGCCAAGAUUGACAACUACUGGGCAAACUGGGAUCUCUGUACCCUUUGCUCUAUGCAUGCCAUCGGAGUGCUGUCCGACAACAACACUAUGAUUAAGGAGGCGAUCGACUACUUCAAGAACGGCGCUGGUAACGGAGCUAUCAAGAACGCCAUCUGGACGAUCCACACCGAAGAAGGCUCGGGCAAGCAGCUUGGCCAAAACCAAGAGUCAGGCCGCGAUCAAGGCCAUACCAUGUUCAACCAGAACCUGCUUGGCGUCCUGGCGCAGCAGAGCUACAACCAGGGCGAAGACCUCUUCGCACUGCUGGAUAACCGUAUCCUCGCCGGAGCCGAGUACGCUACCAAGUACAACACAUUCCACGACGUGCCUUUUGCUACGUUCAAAAACUCCCACGGCACGUACAGGACUAUCAGCUCGCAAGACCGCGGCGACAUCAGGCCGAUUGGUGAGCUGCUCGUUGCGCACUACGAGUCGGUCCGCGGCCUCAACGCUUCCUGGACCAGGGAGUAUCGCGACAUGUCGUGA